GAUCAUGGCUCCACUACAGCCAUCCUCCGCGGGCUUAACCGGUAUGUCACGGCCAGCGACCUCCUGCGUCUGCUGGACUACUUUCCGCCGCAUAUGGAACGCCGCGUGUACGACUUCGUGUACGUGCCAUGGGCAACGGGCGGCACGGCCAAUAUAGGUCUUGCGUUUGUAAACUUUGAAGAACACUGGCACUGCCGCCAAUUUCUUCAGUGUCUUCGAUCGGCGCCAAAUCAAAGGCGUUUGUUGCAGUGGGGUGUGCGCUCAGUCGGUCAAUCCAUGAUCCAGGGGCGCGGUGGCAAUUUAGAGGCUAUUUGCCAGAAGAGGGGCCUCGCCGGGAUGACGGACGAGGAUGCCCCUCUCGUCUUCCACCAAGGCAAGACCGUCUCUGCAACUUGGGCAUUGGAACAGCAUCGCCUCGAAAGACAAAGCCGGAGGACCCCACAAGAAGGAGUGAGAAGCCUCCAAUCCUCGAGGAUGCAGCUCGGGAUGGACAACGACAGGUUCGAGCCUGGAGUCUUCAAUUCGUCGUUGCAGCACGCCAGCCCAG